AAUUGUCUGGGUCAUAUGUGCGUGUUUUACUCGGCACGCAGAUCAGGCUGGCGCCUCAAUGCUUUUGAGUUUCGACACUUGUGAUCAGGCUGUACGUGAGGAGGCCGUAGAUGUCCCUUUGUCAAGCUGAUCUGCCUCUACUGUCAACGACGGCCUAGAAAAUUUUAGGGCUACAUUAAUUGAAGAGUACUUUCAGAGUCCUCCCACAUGACCAUAUGAAAUUACCAUGAUCGACCGGCCAUUACUGUAAAUUGCAAAUGACUAAACAGGGGUAGGGUAUGUUAAAUGGUAAAGCCUAGGACUUGGUCACAUUCAUCUCUAUCGGGUUUGAUAUUUAAAUUCCUGCAAAUAAUUCUUUGACAUGACGUCUGCGGCGAAACUGAAUCUUGCUCGGUUCACAUGGAGGACGUUUUGCACAGAUAGUCUAGAAUUUGCCCUUAAGGGUAAUUAGCACAUGAAGUGAUCGGAUGCUACCUCGAUCACAGGUUCCAUUCUUAGAAAAUAUAUAUACAAAUGAUUGGCCAAUUACUCUAAUGGGCUCGAUCGUGGGAAUUAAAUUUACUACAUCAGGGGUCCCGGUCGUGCCUUUUUGCCUUGUGCUUCUGAUGAUAUAUACCAGAUAAUUCAGUAUCGGUGCAAGCUGGACAGUAGCUACGCGUGACAUCCUAGAUCAACGUACAUGUGUUACAUGUAUUUACACUCGGAACUGCCACGUAAGAUUCAAACUGAACAGCUAUGAAACACGUAUAUAGGUACGUGGUCAUGGUCAAGCUCCGGCCACUUCCAUGCGCUAGCUAUAAGACCAACAGUACCAAAGAAAACGCAGCUAGCACGUAGAGUGCCAAAGAGUGCAGAUCGAUCGAGCUAGCUAUCUACCAACACCACGCACAAGGACCUCAAGAAUCAAUGGCGGAAAGUCGAGAGGUCUUUAUUGAGGGACCCUCCCAACAUUUAUCGGUGCUUUGUGCAUCACUCACCGGCAUGGCCAUAGGAGGACCGCUUCUGGGCAUGACGGGGUUCAGUUUUUUAGCAGCAGUGACACUACUACUCGUAAGCUCUCCGCUUUUGUUACUCUUCAGUCCUCUGCUGUUCUGCGCUGCCCUUCUUCUUGUGGGAGCCGUGGCUGCGUUUUCUGCGGCGGCAGCCAUGGCAAUGACUGGCGUGUCCACACUCGGGUGGGCUUUUCGAGAUGUUAGAGGCAGGGGGGAUAAUGUGGGGACGUUUGGUGAGGGAGGUGUGCUCGAGAGGUUGGCAGAGUCGGGGGAGAGAUUGAAGAAACUAGGGGAGGAUUGGGCUGCUCAUCUGCAGCAGAAGGGGGUGAUCAAGAACGCACCAGAUUAUGACAGUUGGAAUCGAGGUUGAAAGGAGCAAGCAGUUUCUUGGUUGUAAAUAUUAUUCUGUGUGUGUGUGUGUACUUCUCUCUUGUACGUGCAUUUAGGUACGCCUAGGAUGCUUAAUUUGUUUUCACUGGAUAUAUAUAUAAUAAGAUCGAUGAAAGAGAUGAGUCUAUAGAUAAUGCUGCAAGCAGCC